CAAGGUAACGAAUUCAGCAGUUCGACAGGACCGAACUACCAAGACCGGCCAAUUAAAUACGAGCAACGACGCACAGUGGCCAAUCAGGACGCUGCAACAGCACAGUUGGCUUUGCUUACAAAGGGGAUAAAUAAGGAAUCUCGGUAGAACCAGCAGUCAUCUGUGUCGAAGCGGAAAGACAACAUGCCUGAACCAGCCAAGUCUGCGCCCAAGAAGGGCUCCAAGAAAGCCGUGACCAAGACCGCCGGCAAAGGAGGCAAGAAGAAGAGAAAGACCAGGAAGGAGAGCUACGCCAUCUACGUGUACAAGGUGCUGAAGCAGGUCCACCCCGACACCGGCAUCUCCUCCAAGGCCAUGAGCAUCAUGAACUCGUUCGUCAACGACAUCUUCGAGCGCAUCGCCUCCGAGGCGUCUCGUCUGGCUCACUACAACAAGCGCUCCACCAUCACCUCCAGGGAGAUCCAGACCGCCGUGCGCCUCCUGCUGCCCGGGGAGCUGGCCAAGCACGCCGUGUCCGAGGGCACCAAGGCCGUCACCAAAUACACCAGCUCCAAGUAAACGGACUGAUGUGAUCCACACAAACGGCUCUUUUCAGAGCCACACACCUGAUCUGACGAGUCUCAUUCCUCUAUGUGGAAGAAUAGAAACUGUUAAAUGUUCUCAAUAUACAGUAGUAUUUCUUCUGUAUAUAUACACUAAACCAUGCUGCAAGAAUAUGUUGAAAGCAAAAAUGAUCAUUCUAGUGGGUCUGUCGAAUUGUUUUGACUUGUCUCCUAAUUACCCUAAAUCAACUGGAAUUGAAAUAAAACUUGGGAGAUGUGA